AAACCUCCAAGUCCAAGAGAGUGAUGUUUCUGCUCAGGAGAUUAGUUCUCCAAGGUUUACUACUCAAUAUACAAUUUAAUUCUGGUAUACAUAAUAUUGAAGCGGAUUCUCUCUCCCGACAGCAAUGGAAGCGCUUCAGGUCCAGUUUCCCAGAGGGAGAUGCGCAAUCAUCACCAAUCCCCCCAUCCUUUCUACACAUGAUUUACAGCUUCGAUCCCAAGAGCUUCUAGAUUGUGCAUUGUCAGCCAAUACCAAAAAACUGUAUGACUCUGCAGUUAAGGCAUAUCAUAUGUUUUGUUCCAGUUAUCUCCCAAAGCAAGUCUGGCCCCCAUCCCCUGCAACUUUGGUUGAUUUUGUGUCAUACCUAUCCCUCACGAAGCUUUCACCUAACACAGUAAAAUCAUACAUUGCAGGCAUUUCUUACUACAACAAAUUGCACGGUUUUCCUGACACUACACAGUCAUUUUUACUCAAGAAAGUCUUAUUGGGCUUUAGUCGUAGUAACCUACACAAUGAUGGAAGGAAACCAAUCACCUUUGACAUUUUAAUUGGCAUGGCUCAGGCACUUCCAAAGAUAUGCAAGUCAUAUUAUGAAUCUACACUAUUCUCAACCAUAUUUGUGACAGCAUUUUUGGGGGUUUUCCGAAUGGGGGAGUUAGUCCAGAACAGUAAACAUGAUGCAGGCCAUGCCAUUCAAGUUCAAAAUGUUCUAUACUCGCCACACGACAAUACCGUCAGGAUUCUUCUACAACAUUCAAAAACUGACCAGGAGGGAAAGGGGGUAGUGAUUCACUUAAAACCUACUCACAGGACCAUUUGUCCUGUCUCCUUCAUUCGGCUAUACUUAGAGUUAAGACCUACUCGUAGGGGCUCAUUUUUUUGUCACCUGUCAGGCAGCCCUGUGACUAGAUACCAGGUUGUAUCAGUUUUCAAUAUGUCAAUCCAUGAGUUGGGGCUAGACAGUAGGGCGUACAAAACGCACUCGUUCCGUAUAGGUGCAGCCUCUAAUGCAUGGGCUUCCGGAGCUAGUGAGCAGUAUAUUGCUACAGAAGGUAAAUGGAAAUCUCAAUGCUUGCGUAAUUAUAUUAGGAAUUAGCUCAUCCAGAUAAAAUUGGUUUGUUUUUUGUUUUUAAUGUUAGUUUGUUUAUUACCCAUUUUAGAGCAUAGAAGAAUCUGGAUCGUCAUGUCAUCCAUUAUUAAACAUGCUUUUUGUCAUGCAAGAAAG